UUGUUUCCAGUUAAUAUGACGUGAUUUCUGUUAAUUCGGCACAUUGGUCAGCAAGCUUUCUCGAAAGUAAAUUAUUCCGACUUGAGUGCGCCUCUUAGUACAUUUUCCCGGAUCACACUACAUUUAUCCGACUUUUUCCGACAGCACCCGAAUGCAUGAAGACGUAGCGUGGGCGGGUAGACGUGAGCGUGGGGUUUUCCACAGUUGCAGCAGCAGCAGCUCGGAGCCAUGGCGACCGAAAAUGUUUCUUUUUGUAGCUCCACGGACGGUAUUAUUCGGGUCUAGCUACUUUAAACAUAGGUAUUUACACACCUUUGAACCAGGUAGUCAUGUCUUCCUCCAGCCGCUCACCUGUUAAAGGCCACUCCUGAGACUUGGAUAUGUUAGACCAGAUGGACUGGGAUUUAUUAGAUGAGGGUCUGGGAGGAUCAAUGGAAGACAACCCUGACUUAUCUGAAGUUCCUCAGUCAAACCCCUCCACCACCAACAUUUCAGAACAUGAAUUCUCCUGUCACUGUUGCUACGACAUCUUAGUGAACCCAACCACCUUGACCUGUGGCCACAACUUCUGCCGCCACUGUCUGGCCCUGUGGUGGGAGUCAUCUCACAAGAAUGAGUGCCCAGAGUGUCGAGAGAAAUGGGAAGGCUUUCCUAAAGUCAACAUACUGCUGAGAGAUGCAACAGACAAGCUGUUCAGUGAGGUUGUUCAGCGGAGGAGAUCAGAAAUCCAGGCCAACCCUAAAAUCUCCCGGAGCUUACUGGCCUUCCAGAGGUAUGGUGACAACUUGGGCAGAUCGAGGAAAAACCAGCACAAAGGAGCAGGCUUCUUCUUUUCUGGAGUCCUAAGUGCUCUCACGUGUGUAGCUGUGGUAGUGCUGGUGUAUCACUGGAGCAGUGGUGUGGUUGAGCAGCAUGACCCUUUGAUCAGUAAACCCGUAUCGCGCUGGACGUCGGAGGAGGUCGUCUCCUGGCUAGAGAACCUGGGGCCCUGGGCUCAGCUAUACAGAGAAGCUUUCCAACAGGAGAACGUCAAUGGGAGGUUGCUGUUGAUGCUUGGGGAAGAAGAGCUGAUAAAACCUCCGUACAGCAUUGAAAAUCUGGCUCACCGACGUGCUGUUUUGGCUGAACUGGACAGAGUUAAAACCCUAGGGGUUAAACCUCCGCAGAACCUCUGGGAAUACAAGGCUGCUAAUGCAGGGAAGUCUCUGUUCAUGCUGUAUGCACUGAAGCGCUCCCCUCGUCUCACGCUCUUCUACCUGUAUUUAUUUGACUACUCGGAAACCUUCCUGCCCUUCCUGCACACCUGCUGCCCGGCCAUCACACACAUCGAGCAGUCAGUGGAAGGCAGCUUCUUUAACUCACAGUUGGAGCCAAGUUGGCGACAGUGGGCGGAGUUCCUUGUGAAGUACAUCCUGCUUCCGUACCAGCUGAUAGCAGAGUUUGCGUGGGACUGGCUGGCCGUCCACUACUGGACGUCUCGCUUCAUUAUUGUCAACACGAUGCUGCUGUCUGUGCUGGAAGGCUGCGCACUGUGGAGACUCUGGACCAGAGCCAGGAUCAGGACUCUGCCGCGCAACAUGUGGAACCACUUGUGGAAGAUGUUAUCUCAGGGGUUUGCCUUUGCCCUCCUAUGGCCUUUUCUCCCUCAGUUUGUGUGCAACUGCCUAUUCUACUGGGCUCUCUACUUCAGCCCCAUCAUCAACAUAGACCUGGUGGUGCAGCAGCUAAUGCACCCAGAAACACAGGCACUGUAACAAACUGCAUGUCAUCAGUGCCAAUUAAUGCUGCACAGUUUGCCGCAAAUAAAACAGACAGAAUUUCCCGAUGUUGAAGAGGAUGAGUGUUUAUUUAUGGCAGUAAACUCACAGGACUCUGGCUUAUUUGCUCCUGGGAAGGAAGAUCCCUCGCUUCCUUUCUUGCGUCUCUGCUGGUCAGUUGGCAGAUGGAACAAGAGAGCCAUUGAGUUUUUUGUGGGAGAAACAUAACAAACAAGAUGAAGGGUGAGAUGUCUGUGUUUUUAUUGGAAGGUUAAAUGCUGUGAUAUCUAUCUCUGUGUACACAGUGCAUUAACAACCCCCAUUGCCUAAAUGGUCCUAUGGGCAGAUAUGCAAAUAACAAGUCAUAUUUAAGAACUAGUGGUAGUGAAGACUGGCCUCAUAAGGGGUUUCUGAUUGCACUCACUAAGAUGGCUGUGAGAUCUUUUAUACAUACACAGACUUUGAAGGUGGAAAAAAACAGAUUAUUUUUUGUCUGACUUGCUUUGUUGGUCGUUCUAAACUAUAUGUGAUCCAUAACCAAUUAAAUGAACAACUGUUGCUUUAUGAGUAUCAGGUUGAACUAAGUCGAUUUAACUUUAAAACGCAUUAUUCAACUCUUCAGUUCAGCUCUGGCUUUGACUUUGAUCUUGGUGCCACAGAGAGGUCUUAAAAUGUAAGCACUGAGGCUUAAAUGUUGAGGGUUGUAGUUCUGCAGCAUUAUGGGAGUAAUCUUUUUCUUCGCAAAAAGAAUAAUGAACAAUAAAAGAAGUUCCAUGUUUUCAAUUCAUUUCAUUAUACAUGAGGCAUUAGGUUUUAACUGUUUGACUCUGAAACAGAUUAAAAAGAAAUCAUUAUAAUGAGCAGAUUGUGUUGCUGGUACUGCUGAAUAUUUUGUUGCACAUGUUUGUUAUUGCUCAGUUGAUUUUGAGAUGGUUUACAAUUCCAUGUAACCAGUGGGCAGAGCAAAUUGAAUACUUUAUUUUUUACAUUUGCACUUAAUAGUUAAACACUGUGAUUUUGUUCUUCAAUGUUCUCUACUGGCAGAAAAAAAUAAAGAUUUUUUAAUAAGG